AUGGCCACUGACCAAUUCCUAUCAAACAGUCUAUUCGACUGUAUCGACUUCCACAACAUCGAGCACGUCGACCCUAAAAGCCGCCAAGGAAUCGUCAAUCGCCUACAACUCGUGCACCUCUGGUUUUUCAAUGCCGUCGACUACGAGCACCGCGUCGAGCACGAUGCCGCCCUGCGCACAAGUCUUCGCCAAUGGGCGGAAUACGAGAUCCGUCCACUCGUGCAAACCGACGAAGACGGAUUCACAGGCCUCAUUGAUUUCUCCGCCGAGGUAUCCGAAUACUUCUAUCCCCUCGCGUCGCACGACACCAAAGUGAAAGCGGCGAUGGGGUGCGUAGCGGCGUUCACGAUCGACGACGCGUCGCUGGACACGAGCGUCAAGGACAUGGAGGACUUCGCGCUGAACAUAUGGAAGGGCUCGCCGCCGAAGAACAAAUGGUGUGCGAUGUUCAGUCGCUUCCUGAAGUUCUACGCUGAGUACUUCGGGGCUCAUGAUCCCUGGGUUGGGAACUUGGGGGCUGUGGCCUGGUCGAAUUACGUCGGGGCCUGUACGAUGAAAGAUCGAAUGACCCAGGCCUUGCCGUUCCAUCUAUCGGAUCAUCCCCUGCCAAAGACCACGAAAUAUACCCCCAGUGGUGGUAGUAGUCGCAGUGUAGACUGCACCGAGCAAUUCCCGGGAUAUAUGCGCGAGCAAACGGGGUUCCCGGCGACAUGCUUACCAGCCCUCUUCAGGAUGUCGGACGAGCGAGAAGUCCCCUUCCGAUAUUGGAAUUCGGCCAUCCCGCUCUUGAACCGAUUAAUCUGCACGGUGAACGAUUUACUCAGUUGCUCGAAGGAGACCCUGGCGGGUGAAAAUGACAAAUACGUGUCGCUGAUGACCCGGGCCAAAAGACAAGAGGGAGCGAAAUCGCGGUUCGGGGCAGCUGGGGGCCUGUGGACGUUCCGGGAUACGCUCUGUGGUUUACUGCAAUUGACCGUGGACAUGAUAUCUUCUCUAGACAAGGCUUUCGUAGACUGUGCAGAGGAGUUCGCUCGAAAGGGAGCGUUGAACGGACUGGUGGAUGAUCCUGGGGAGCCGGGCUCACAGGAGGACAUAGAGAAUAUGCAGUUGGCGGCAGAUCGGUGGAUUGCCUUCAGGCAUGACACUAUCGCUUACUAUCUCAAUUGUCGGCGGUACGAUUUGGAGUCUCUUGUAGCUAUAUGGCAAUGGUCUAAGGGGUAUAAAUAG